ACAACAACAACAACAACAACAACAACAACAACAACAACAACAACAACAACAACAACAACAACAACAGCAACAGCAACAACAAUCAUUACCACCGCCACCAACAUCUCCAACAUUAAGAUGUGCAUCAAAUGGAGUCUUGUUAAGACCUAAACAUCAUUAUAAUAAUAAUCAACAAAAUUCAACAAAUAUUUAUCAAAAAUCAUCAAAAGACAUGGGUAAAAAGCUUAAACGAUUUACAUUAGAUACAGUUGAAAAUCGUUGGCAUCAUCCAUAUCAAACAUUUUCAAAUAAUCAACAAAUAUCUGAAUCUAACCUCUAUCGUUCAUCAAUGGCUAUUGUACCUAGUCUUAAUGCUAAUGUAUAUGGUGUUCAAAUAAAUAACAAUAAUAAUAUAUCAUCAUCAGUAAAACAACCUCCAUCACAACAAAAAGAUGAAUCAAAUAAUGAAUUACAACAAACAAGACCUAAGACACGAGAUUUAGUUCGUAGUCGAACAAUUGAUUGUCAUCCACCAUCUAUAGAAACAACACCUAUUCUUCAACGAACACCUUCAAGACAAAAUAUUGUUACACAUCAUCAAAUGGUAUCUGAUCCAAUGGAUCAAGCUGAUAUUGAUACGACAGUUUCAACAACAUAUUCAACUAGUCGUAGUAUCGAACAACAACAGCAACAACAAAAUAACAAUAAUAAUAAUAAUAAACAUUCAUGGAAUUCAGAACCACGAAAGUCAGUAUAUGGUAGUGAUAGUCAUUUAAUAAAUUCCAAUGGACAUAAUUCUUCUUUUAGUCGUCCAUGUUAUUCACCUACGAAAAGUGAUUAUGCUCAUGUAAGUAAAAUUGUAAUGACACCUCAACGAGAAUCAAAUUAUGAUCUAAUCAAAUCGGCUAAAUCAUUAGUAAAACAACAUACAACAACUUUACCAAAAACACCAAUAGAAUCAAAUCGAAGACAACAAUCAACUACUAAUAUUUUCGGUGUAUAUCCUUAUGCUCGAACAGCUAUACUUCAUGUUGCAAAUGCUCUAAUGCCAACAUCUUAUCAACGUCAACAAUCAAUUCGUUUACCAAGUACAAAAUCCCGUCAUCAUGAUCGUUAA